AUGAAUGCGACGAGCGUAGAAUAUAGAACAUACCUUCACCCCGAUUCAUCACCAUCACCUUCUUCCCCUCGCCCCGCUCAAGGCAACAAUAUUUCCGUCGAGAAACAACGUCAACGAGAGAUCGACCAAGAGCACGUGAAGAUCCGCGAAUUCCUCUCGGAUUACUUUCAAUUGCGCGUCAACCUACGAGAGCGAUAUGAAAAGUGGAGCCUGGUGGAUAAUCAUUUCGCGAGAAUAGCAAAGCAGUUUCAAGGUAUCCGAAUAUUGAGGCAGGAUCCGGUAGAAAAUGUAAUCUGUUUCAUCUGCUCGACGAAUAACAACAUCGCGAGAAUAUCUCAGAUGAUUGAAAAAUUAUGUCGACGAUACGGUCAAAAGGUGUAUACCUUGAAUGGACAAGAAUACUUUGACUUCCCAACGCUUGAUAAGCUCGCAUCGCCAGAAGUUGAGGGAGAACUACAAAAACUUGGAUUCGGUUAUCGCGCAAGGUACAUCGCGCAGACGGCAAAAUUCUUGAUGGACGAAUUCCCGGAUGGGGAACGGUGGCUGCAUUCAUUGCGAAAGUUGGACUAUAAGGAAGCUCGUGCGGCCUUGCUACAACUCACAGGUUGUUUGAUGUCACUGGAUAAACAUAACGCCAUACCGGUGGACACACACGUUUGGCAAAUUGCUAAACGAAAAUACGGAUUUGGUGGCAAGGGGGAAACACGUAAUACGAAAACCUUAACGAGUCGCUCAUACGAAGCCGUUGGGGAUCAUUUUCGAAAAUUAUUUGGCGAUUACAGCGGAUGGGCUCACUCGCUAUUUACGUAUGUUACAUAUCGAAACGGACAGGUCUUAUUUACUGCCGAUCUUAAGGCAUUCGAAGAUAGGCAGAACAACGUGGAAGAGCUUGAAUCGGUAAACCUAGCAUGUGAAUCGAAGAUUGCAGAAGGUGAGGGUGCCCAGAAUAAAAACAAAAAUGACCGAGCGUUAACACCAUCCACAACGAUUAAUAACAAAAGAAAACGUGGGUCAUAA